AUGUAAGUUGGAAUGAAUAAAUUUGGUUUUUCUUUUGAAAAAAAGAUUGGAAGUGGUUCAUUUGGAUAGAUAUUUCUAGGUAUUAAAUGAAACUUAAUCAUAGGUAUUAAUAAUAAAACAGGAUAAGAAGUUGCUAUUAAACUAGUAAAAUGAUAAUGUUUAAUUUAGGAAAUAGCAACUAUAAAGCAUCCAUAAUUAUGGUUUGAAGGAAAACUUUAUAAAUUAUUAUAAGGAGGAGGUAAUAUUGAUAAUAUAUUUAAAAGAUGGCAUACCUUUAACAUAUUGGUUUGGUAGUGAAAAUGAAUAUAAUAUACUUGUGAUGGAAUUAUUAGGUGCUAAUUUGGAAGAAUUAUUUAAUUAAUGUAAGAGAAAAUUCUCUUUGAAAACAGUUUUAAUGAUUGGUUAACAAAUGAUAACUAGAAUUGAAUUUUUACACAAUAAAAAUUUUAUUCAUAGAGAUAUAAAGCCAGAUAAUUUUCUUAUAGGUAUAGAUAAGAAAUGCACAAUAAUUUAUAUGAUUGAUUUUGGAUUAUCAAAAAAAUAUCGAGAUUCAAGGACAAGUAUGUAAUUAAUAAAUAAUAUUAAAGAUCUACAUAUUCCUUACAGAGAUGGAAAAAGUUUAACAGGAACAGCUAGAUAUGCUAGUAUCAAUACUCAUUUAGGAGUUGAAUAAAGUAGAAGAGAUGAUUUAGAAGCAAUUGGUUACGUUUUAGUGUAUUUUUUGAAUGGUUAAUUACCAUGGUAAGGAUUGAAAACAGAUAAUAAAACAGAUAAAUAUGAAAAAAUAGCAUAAUGUAAAAUUGGAACAACAGUUGAAAAACUUUGUGAAGGUUUACCAGAAGAAUUUUCAAUUUAUUUAAAUUAUUGCUAGAGUUUAAAAUUUGAAGAAAGACCUGAUUAUGUUUGGUUAAGAAGACUUUUUAAAGAUCUCUUUGUAAAGAUGAAAUAUGUAAAUGAUAAUCUUUUUGAUUGGAGUACUCCUUUUGUAUGA